UUGCAAUAAGAAGCCAUAAAGCCCUCUAACAAUGUGAUGGAAAGAAGUAUAGAAAUGAAUCAUUACAUAGUUGCGGCAUGCAAAAAGUAGCACGAGUUUUUAUAUAACAGAGAAAAUCCACUGGUCAUUAAAUAUAGCUAACAUUCACUGUUCUUUAUUAACUUGAUAGUGUAUAACAAGACCAUGGCCGAUUAUUAUCAACCUACGUUGUUAUUCCGGAGAAACGCAAAGAGGUAUAGCUCAGAUUUAUCACCAGUAGCUAGUAUGGAGAGUUUGCAUUCUAGUGAAAGUAAAGAUUCCCAAGCUUCUAAAACAAGUAAUAAUAGCUCAUGGAUGUUGAAUCACGACAAUCCUCAAGAUACAGAAAUCCUUAACCAGUCAUGUUCAUUAAACAGGUUGAAUAUUAAGUCCAAUUAUUGGAAAAUUCCAGAUAAUAAUUUCAAUUUAACGUCUAUGGCCAUCAAUAAUGAUCAAAGUGAUGUGCCUACUUUGGCUAUUUCUAGUGGAAAUAGUACAUCUAAUUUAUUUAUAUAUGAGUUAAAUUUACUCGAUAAUUACUUAACUCAUCACAGUACAAUAUCCUUACCUAAUAUUUAUGGAAUGAAAUGGUUAAAUUCUAAAUAUUUAAUCACCGGUAAUAGUAAUGGUUAUGCUCAUUUAGUUAGUGUACCAACUGCUGGAAGUGAUAGACAUCUUAUUACUGAAGAAGAUGAAGAUCAAGCAGAAAUUAUUAAAAGAUUUAACCAUAGAAAACAUUUAAAGAAUAAAGUGGAUAUUGUUAAUAAAACCACCUAUAUUUCCAAAUUAACCACUAUACCAAAAACCGACAACUUAUUAUCAUUAUAUCAAAAUCAUUUAUUCUUUUGGGAUAUUAAAGAUAGUGAAAGUUCUAUACGGCCAAGUCCAGUUUCAAUUACAACUAUAAAUGGUAUAAAUAAUUUUGAAACCAUUCCAACUGAUUUAAAUACAAUUGGUAUUUGUGGUAAAUUUGGUAUUUCAUUAUUUGAUUUACGUCAACAACCUAAAUUUAAUGUCCCAACUUCAUUAAUUGCUGAACUGUCAAGACAAAGAUUGAAUACAAAUUUAAUUAAAUGGAAUCCUGAUAAUGAGUAUAAUUUUGCUGGUGCUCAUGGUGAUAAUAUUAUAAGAUUAUGGGAUAUCAGAAAGCAAGAUAGUAGCAUUAGCUUUAUUGGUCAUCAUAAUAAAGUUACUAGUUUAGAAUGGAAUAAUGGAGAUUUAUUUAGUGGAGGUAAAGAUGGGAAUAUUAUUCAUUGGGAUUUAACCAGUGAAAUAAUUAAUCAAGGUAGUAUUUGUUCUUUAAAGGAAGGAUUUGAUAGUGUUAAAUUUAAUCCAGAUUUAAAUAAGUUAGAAACUUGUAUAAAUCAAAGACAAUGUGGAACUUUAUUACCUGCCUCCAAUACCAAUAUUAUUGGAAUGGCUUCAGUUAAAGGUAGUAGUGAUGAUAAUCAAGAUUUGAAAGUUUUAUCCAUUGAUGGUUCAUCAUUUUUUGGAGUUCAUUCAAAGAUUUAUGAUGCAAUUAAUAUUAAUAUUAAUCCAAAUAAAGUAUAUUAUACUGAUGAAGAUAUUCAAUUAUUAAUGCAAUCAGAAAAUUCCGCAAGUACAUUAGUAGAUAAUGUAUCUCAAGAUGAUUUAGUUGAAGAAAUUAUUAAACCUUUAAGUAUUUCAAGAAAGAGUACUACUAUUACUAGUCCUAUUAAGAAUCAAGAUAAUCUGUCAAAUGAUACUUUAUUAGGUGAACAAUUUACUGAAGAUUCACAUAAAUUAAAUAUUGAUAUGAAUAAAUUCAAUGUACCUGAAGUUAUUGAAAUUAAAUCAGAACAAGAUGAAAAUGAAGAAGAGGAGGAAGAGGAAGAUAUUGAUGAAUUUGAUUUUACUCAACCAAUGUACGGGAUUAACGAUAAUUUAUCAGCAUAUUCUAUUGAUUCAUUAGAUCCUAAAAUUCCUACAUUUGACUCACCUUCAAGUCAUGCUUUAUCAACUACAUUUGAUUCUUUAGAUACAUUUGAUAAUUCCGAAUCAAGUGCUCCAUCGUCAAUCCAUUCAUCACCAGAGAUUAAGGGACUAAACCAUACCAAUAAUGAUAAUGAUAAAUUAAUAUUACCCCCAACCAACAGUCUAAGCAUUAAUAAUUUUAAGUUGCUUGAUGAAUUUGAAUUCGAUACAUUCGAUGCUAAUAUGUUUGAAAUUCAGGGUAAGAGAGCUACGACUAUAUAUUAAACGAUUAUAAAUAUAAAGCUAUUAUUAGUAAAUUAUGUGUAAUUCUUAUGGUGAAACUUUAUAUUCAAUACGAAGAAUAGAUUGAGUCACUCUUGAGUUAAAUAAAUUUAAAAGUCAAUAAGCUAUUAUAUGGAGUCUUCUCAAAGACACAGUCCUAAUUUAUUCUACGCCUUUUAAAAGCCUGAUGAUCACUUAAUAAAGGUGAACUGAUUAUAACACUAUCUAUUGUAGCAAUAUCUACUUUGCAUGCCUUGGCUAGUUUUCCUAUCACUUCUCUUGUAUAAGAUCUUUCAAAA